UUUCAUGUAAUUUUUUUUAUUUCAAUUAUUUGUAUUAAAAUAUAAUUAUUUUUCUUGCAAUUUUGAUCUCGGAUUACAAUAGGUUAGGACGACUACGAGUACAACGAGAGGCAUAGUCGCAUACAGAACACACAACGAUGCACAUCGCCUUGUGUGUGUGUGUGUGUGCGUGUGUGCGCGCGUGUGCGUGUGUGUAUAUACAUUACCGCAGAGGAACACGCGCAGCGCAGGCACAACGCAAGCGCAGCGCGUCUGUGUGGAAAGUCCCGUGUGCCUUGUGGUUGUGCUCUAUGCUUUUUUAGCUGUCACGGCCUUUAGCGGUCGCAAUCGCGUUAUCUAUAUACAUAUGCUAUAAGCAAUAUAUACAUAUAUAGAUAGGAUAUGCGCGGACAGAACCAGAAGCGAGCGAGAGACAGGAUACGCUGCCGAGCCGAGGUGGGAAAAAUCGCGGCGUGGUCCGUCGCUGUCAAGUCGAGUCAGCGCAUUAUUAUACACCGCCCGCCGAUUGCAGGACCUCCUUUGGCACACACCGCGGCGACCGGAACAUUCUACUCUCAACUUCGGAGUCGUCAACACUGAACUACUUCUCCGACUUCUUGGACGACAGCUUCUUCAGCUAACUCAGGAGUAUUUCAAGUCUUGCGCAACCAUUGUCUAACUGCUGACAUUGAUAUUUCAAGCAACAUGUCCAACAUUGGCAAUUUGGAGCAGGAUAUUGCAAGCUUGCAGCUUGGACACGAUGGAAGUCAUACAACAACAGUUAAAACUGGCAAAAAAGUUGGGCCUGCGGUUCCACCUAAACCAAAAAAAUCACAACCACAGGUACCACAAAGUUAUACUAUAAAGGCUGCAUCCAUUCCAUCAUACAGCACAGUAUUAAAUAAUACUGGGUCCAAUGAAAAAGCAACAAAUUUAUACAUGAACACUCCAGCUCCGUUUAUACCUCAUAAUGUGGACAAAAGCGACUAUCCUCGUUCAACUCCAACAAAUGGUGAUUCAUCAAAAUUCUACCAGAAGAACGAAAACUUUUAUACGAAUCAACCACAAGAAAAGUUCAAUCCGUUGUAUCGAUAUGAUGACAAAAAUUUUUAUUCCAAUAUUGGUAACAUGCCAGCACCGCAAGUGCCACUUACAAAUGAUAGAGCAAACAGAUCAACUACAAGAAAUGCAGUUUAUAGUAAUAUAGAGCCUGCAAUACCUAUACCUAUCCCUCAGCCUAUUCAAAAAGAGAAGGAUAUAGUUUACAGUAACAUUCAAUGGAACACUACUAAACCAGAAAACACAUAUUGCAAUAUACCUGCUCAAGGUCAUAGUUCAGAUGAUUUACCACCACCUCCUGAACCUUCAGAAUAUAUUUCUUGCAUAGCAGGAAAUUCCUUUCCUCCUCCGCCAGAAGAACUUCCUCCACCCCCAAGUCCUGUAUCAUCCAGUUACAGUGAAUUAAGACGAGCUACUUACCAAACAGAUUUUCCAACCGACUCAUAUCCAAACGACAUUUAUGGUCCGAGUUCUCAAUCCAGUUCUACGUACGAAUCUAUUUAUGAGCCUAUAAAUCCAAGACCACCAUCACAGCUGUCUUGCAAUUAUUCAAUGUAUUCUGGAUAUGGUUCUGCUUCUCAGCCUCAAGGAAAAACAAAUUCUAUAAAAGAGGUUGAUGCACUAACAGAUCUUCUAGUUCAAGGAAUGGAAGAUAAUUCAGAAGACAGUGAUAUUUAUGGUAUUUGUGCAAAGUGUGGUAAAAAGGUCGAAGGUGAAGGAACUGGCUGUUCUGCAAUGGACCAAGUAUUCCACAUUAGUUGCUUCUGCUGCUUUGUUUGCAAUGUUAGACUUCAAGGAAAACCAUUUUACUCUUCUGAGGGAAAACCAUACUGCGAAGAAGAUUUUUUGAAUACCUUAGAAAAAUGUUGCGUUUGCACUCUGCCAAUUUUAGACAGAAUUUUACGUGCUACUGGAAAACCAUACCAUCCAUCCUGCUUUACAUGCGUCGUUUGUGGACAAAGCUUAGAUGGUAUACCAUUUACUGUUGAUGCAACAAAUCAAGUACACUGCAUUCAAUGUUUCCACAAGAAAUUUGCUCCACGAUGCUGUGUAUGCAAAUUACCAAUCAUGCCAGAACCAGGAGAAGAUGAGACUGUUCGCGUCGUAGCACUAGAUAGAAGUUUUCAUACUCAGUGUUAUAAAUGCGAAGAUUGCGGACUUGUAUUAUCCUCCGAUACAGAGGACGCCUGCUAUCCCCUUGAUGAUCAUGUCUUAUGCAAAAGUUGCAACGCUUCCAGAGUGCAAGCUUUAACUUCGCACAUGACGACUGAAUUAUAAGUAAAACAAUCACUAAUAUCAAGCUGCCGAGAUUUUUUUUGUAUAUGAAUAAUGCUCAACAUUUUUAUCAAAAAAAAUUGGUCAAUUUUUAAAUAAAAUACAAGCAAAUAAAUGAAAUAGACUGAUUUGGAAGCAAUUCAAGAAUUUUGAUAUAGACUUUGAUACAACGAUCAAUAAAAAAACUUAUUCAGAUUAUCCUAUGAAGUAUAAACUAGCAUUAUAAUAACAGCAUUAAUGAAAUAAUAAUAUUAAGAAAAAUUGCUGCUGUUAAAGAAUUAAAUUACUGUUUUAUAAUUUACACCAACUUUUGUGUACAUUGGAACUGUAAAUAAGAAGAUUAUGCGAUAUGCCUUUGUAACAUGUACGUAUUGUUGAAUGAUUUAUAAGAAUGUUUUAAAAUGAACUAUUUGCGAAGAACUAUAUUACGUUUCACGCGCAUUUAUACUUUAAUACUUAUUUAUACUUAUAUAAACUGACCACGCGAGUUUUUUGCAUUUAUAGUUUUUUAUACCUUCUUUGUAAUGUUUGGAUAUAUUUGAUCGUGAUAUUAUAGGUUGCAGACCGCGGAUGCGAAGUCAAAGCGCAGCUGAGCAGAAUGGUUUAGUAUUCUUGAAAAUAAGUUACUUUUAGUAAAAUUGUGAUGUUCUUAAAUAUAAUGAAUAGUAAUAAUAAUAAUUAAUCUAUAUAGUAAUAACUAUGUAACUUCUAGAAAUAAAGCGUUACAUGCUUAGCAAAAAAAAAAAAAA